AAAAAAAAAUUGCACUCUCUUUCAAUUUGUAAGGGUCGUUUUGUUCACUUGAAUUCUCCGUUUUAGAAGUAAAAAAAAAAAAAAAAAAAAUCCACACGCCUCCAUCUAAUUUCCAAUUUGUUUUUCCCCUAAUCUUUAAAAGAAGAAGAAGACCUUAGCUGCAUACACGUCUCCGAUCCUUGAGGUUGUUGAAAAGGGUGGCACGCGCAUUGCUUUGCUUUUGUAAGAUAAACAAGGGGAAGAAGUGGUUGCUUCUGUUCUUUUGUGUUCCUCGAUUUCGUAUUGAAUUUAUCUUUCCCCUAAUCCUCAAAAAGAAAAAGAGGAAGAUCUUUAGCUUCAUACACUUGUCUGAUCCUUGAGGUUGUUGAAAAGGGUGGCACUUUGCAUCUUUGGGAGAUAAAUAAGAAUUUUCAUCCUCAUUUCUCACUGCUUUUGUUUCCUUAGGUCUCCUUCAUCAAUUUUCUAUCCUUAAACUCACUUCCUUUGCAAAGAGAUAUCCAUGGCGGCCGAGGCAGUAGCAGGAGCAUUUCUCUCCAGCAUGUUCCAGUUUUUGUUUGAGAGGAUGGAUUCUCCCGAGAUUGCUGCAUUUUUUAAGGGCCACAAACUCGACCUUUCACUAGUGAAGAAGUUGAAGGUUGCUAUGAUCACUGUUACUGGAUUGCUUGAUCACGCUGAGGAAAAGCAGAUUGUUGUGCCUGCUGUGAAGAAGUGGCUUGAUGAGCUCAAAGAUGCGGCCUAUGAGGCUGAUGACUUGUUGGAUGAGAUUGCUUAUGAAGCUCUGCGAUCAGAGUUAGAAGCUGGAUCUACAACAAAAAAGCUGUACAGACUUUUCUCUUCUCAUAACCCAUUUGAAAUGGCAGUGAAUGCAAAAUUAGGAAAGAUCCUUGAGCUACUUGAAUAUUUAACAAGACAGAUGAAUGCCUUGGGUCUAACUCUGAGAGAGGGCAUUGGAGAUAAACCAUCAUCGCACAAAACACCAACUACUUCACUGCCAGAUGAUGAAUCUAGUAUUUGUGGCAGGGAAUAUGACAGAAAAAAAAUCACAGAGUCAUUGUUAUCUAAUAGCCAGGGCAUUGGUGUGAUCUGCGUAGUUGGUAUUGGUGGCAUGGGUAAAACUACUCUUGCUCAGCUUGUUUACAAUGACAAACAAGUAGAUCGACACUUUAAUCUCAAAGCAUGGGUCUAUGUCUCUGAAGAAUUCAAUGUCUUUAAGAUAACAACCGAAAUUCGUAGCAAGGUGUCUUCAGAGGAUUGUAAGGCUAACAAUUUAAGUGAGCUUCAACAAGAGCUAAAGCAAAAAUUGGAGGGAAAAAAGUAUUUGCUCGUCUUGGAUGAUGUCUGGAGUGAUAAGUAUGCUGAAUGGGAAAGUUUAUUGAAACCUUUGAAGGCAGGGGCACAAGGAAGUAAGAUUGUUGUUACAACUCGCAUCGAAAGCAUAGCAUCAGCUAUGGAAAAUAACCAGAUGCUCAUUGAUCUAAUUCAUCCUUUGGAGAAAUUAAGUGAUGAUGAUUGCUGGUCCAUGCUUGCAACAUAUGCAUUUCAUGAUGAAAUUUCCAAUUCAUCAUUUGAAGCUGUUGGUAAGGAAAUAGCCAAAAAGUGCGGAGGUCUACCAUUAGCUCUGAAAACGAUAGGGAGUCUCCUCCGAUCCAAAAGAAAUGUUAAGGAGUGGGAGAAGAUAUCACAGAGCAAUAUGUGGAAUUUGUUGAGCGACAACAUUGUUCCAGCUUUAAAACUGAGUUAUCAUUAUCUCCCUUCGCAUCUAAAGCAAUGUUUUGCUUAUUGCGCAGUGUUUCCAAAGGGUUAUGAAUUCUACAAAGAGGAUUUGAUUCCUUUAUGGAUGGCUGAGGGUUUCAUAAUGGAAGCCAAAGAAGGUGAUGAUAAUGAAGAUGUGGGUGACGCAUACUUUAAAGAUCUUGUGUCAAGAUCUUUCUUUCAGAUGUCUAGCGGCUCUCAAAAUUGCUUUGUUAUGCAUGACCACAUGCAUGACUUAGCCAAAUCCAUAUAUGGAGAAUUCUGCUUUAUGCUGGAUAAAAAUUCAUCUGAUAAGGUUCCAACAAAGACUCGUUAUUUAUAUACUCGUCAUGGAGAUGGUGGUUUUUCAUAUGUUUAUCAUGGAGAUGGUGGUUAUUACAAGUGUAUCAUUGAGAAAGUCAACGAAAGCCAACUAUUACGCACCUUCUUUUCCGAUGCAUACUUUUACCGAAAUUGGAGGGUCAUGCAUGCUUUAUUGCCAAAACUCAAACAAUUACGAGUAUUGGUUUUGUAUCGUUAUCACAAGAGAAAGUUACCUAAUUCAAUUGGCAAUUUGAAGCAUUUGCGAUAUUUGAAUCUCCGCAGAGCAUCAAUCAUAAAGCUACCUCAAUCUGUGAGUAGUUUGUAUAAUCUGCAAACUUUAAUUUUACGUGAUUGUGAAGAUCUCGUUGAGCUGCCUGCCAAUUUGGCAAGGUUAAUCAACUUGUGUUGUCUCGACCUCAGAGGAACAAAAUUGCGAAGAAUGCCACCGCAAAUGGGUAAUCUAGUGAAGCUCCGAACGUUGACUAAUUUCAGUUUGGGAAAAUGGUGCGGGUCAGGAAUCAAGGAGUUGGGAAAGCUUCAACAUAUACAUGGAGAGCUUAGCAUUGAGAAUUUGCAAAAUAUUAACCCUAAACAUGUUUGGGAAUCCAAAUUGAGGAAUAAAGAGCAGCUGAAGACACUGAAGUUCAAAUGGGGUGGUUCCUCUUCAUCAUCCUUGUCAAAUUUAGUAUGCUUGAAGCUCAGUGAAUGCAACAACUGCUCAUGUUUGCCUCCUCUUGGGCAAUUAGCAUCUCUAAAGGACCUCUCAAUCACAGGAUUUGCAAAGCUUGUGUCCGUGGGUUUUGAGUUCUAUGGAAGUUGCCGUCCCCCAAUGAAGCCAUUUGGAUCCCUCAUAAUUUUGAGGUUCGAAAGGAUAGGACAGUGGGAGGAGUGGAAAAGUGAAGAUGGAGCUUUCCCACACUUAGAAGAGCUUUAUGUAAAACAUUGUCCCAGACUUAUAAAGGCACUGCCCAAUAAUCUUUCUUGUUUGAAAAAGCUUCAAGUUGUGGGACGUAAAAAGCAGCUUGUGCCUUCACUUCGAGUGCCUCCUACCAUUCUUGAAAUGAUGUUAAAGGAUGAUUCUCGUGAUGUGGUGUUGAAGAAAUUGCCUUCUGGGCUGCAUAGAAUGGAAGUAAGGAAAUUGGACUCAAUGAAUUCACUAUCAGAUGGAUUAGAACCGUAUGGUCUUGCCUCUAUUUUAGAAGAAAUCGAAUUGUACCACUGUGCAAUUGAGCGGUUCCCGUUGGAGAUUUUCCCUAAUCUAAAGAGAAUUUAUAUCUCCAUGUGUUUUAAUUUAAAAUCCCUCUCUGAAACUGAGGAAAUUCAAGAAGAAAGCAGUUCUUGUCCUAAUUUGACGGAGCUUUUGUUGAAAGGUUGCUCAAAUUUGAAGUCGCUGCCUGAAUGUAUAGGCUCUCAUCCUUCCCUUGUGAAAUUGGAAAUUGAGUUCUGUAGCAAACUUGAGUUAUUUCCAAAAGGUGGUUUGCCAUCGAAAUUAGAAUCCCUUGGCAUCGCUUAUUGUGGAAAACUCAAAAUAAAAGUCAUUGAGGGCAUCGACAAUAAUUACGAAGGAGAUGAGGAAACGCUGCUGCUGCUGCCCUCCACUCUCACCCGUCUUAGAAUCGAUGGUCUUCAAAAUGUGGAAUCUCUCAACUACAAGGGACUUGUUCACCUAAGAGAGUUAAUCAUCGUCUGCUGCCCUAGCCUCCUGUCCAUUCCAGUUUGCAUGCAAGACCUCCUCCCUUCCCUUGUGAAAUUGGAAAUAGAUGGUUGCCCAAAACUGGAGCCGUUUCUAGAAGGAGGUUUGCCCUCUCAAUUAAAAUCACUUGAAAUCAGUGGCUGCCAUGGAGCCAUUGCUGGGCUCAUGAAACGCGAUUUCCGGACAAUGCCAGACAAUGAAGUGGAAUCCAUACCAGAAGAGACGCUGCUGCCCUCCUCUCUUACCCAUCUUGAAAUGUGGAAUCUUAACAGUGUCAAGUAUCUAGAGCUUCACCACCUCACUUCUCUAAAUGAAUUGAGCAUUGGUAAAUGCCCUAAUCUCCGGUGCAUAGCAAAAGAGAGGUUGUCUUCCUCCCUUUCUUCUCUUCGUAUCGGAUUUGGUUGUCCUCUGCUAUGUCAACGGUGUAAAGAGAAGGUGGGGGAAGACUGGCCCAACAUAUCUCACAUCCCUUGUAUUGACAUUGAUUAA